CGCCCGCCGCUGCUGGAAGAGGAAAGUGACAGGUGGAGCCAGCCAGCCAUGCCCUUCCCAGGGGGCCAAGCAGAUCCAGGCAGCCAGGACUUCUCUGCCAGCAGAUUUUGGGGUGCAGCUAAAAGCUGGAUCCAGCCAGCGAGCCCCUUUCAUUCAUCCCAUGGCUGCUGACAGCCGGGGCAACAAAUUCCAGCUUGGCCUGCUCGGAAUGAGGCGCCCGCAAUCCUGUUUUGUCUCCUAAAUACAAAUUAAUCGGAUGCCCGGACUUUAGCCAGCAAAGUUGGGAAAAAAGUCUGGCCUUGGUACUUUUCCAGGCCUGGUAAAGAACAGCAGCAGAGGAAUCUUGGUUCCAAAUACCCUGGGAAGGAAUUGGUAAACUGGUAGGGAGCAGAUCCUCAGCUGGUGUAAAUUGGCUUGACCCCAGUGAUGUCAGUGGACCUAUGUCGAUUUACGCCACAGGAUAGUUGGGGGGUAGGGGUGGAUGGCAGGCAAGGGACUCCUAGGAGAAGCAAGAUUUUACAAUCCUUAACUUCUGGGCAGGUUUCCUGGCUCUGAACUUUACUUCCCAGUUCUAAAAGCUUCCACUGGAGGAUGUUUAAAAAUGCAAACAAAAAAAUUGUAAGCGGGGGAGAGAAAUCCCAAUUUUAUAUAAAUUUGAAAGAGUGAAUGAGGAAAGGAUUAGCAACAGAGCCCUGCUCGCACACGUCUUCUUUGCUUACAAGUACUCCUUUUCUUUUUGCUUAAAGUGACAUUUUUAUUGAAGAAUCCCCCCCCCCCCCCAUGACAGAACAAAAAACCAACAGAAGAAUAGAAAGGUAAAGUAAAGUAAUGGGUGUAGAGGAAGGGGGGUACGGAGUGGAAGGAGACGGACAUCUCCAGUUUCCACCUGCAGGAAGUAAUCAAAGGUUUCUAAAAAGUGAGACCAAAUCUUUUAAAAUUUGACUGAGGUCCCUCUUCUCCAAAACAUCACCUGCUCUUCAGCUGCUAGCUCAGCCACUGUUACUUCCCAAGCUUCUAUCCCAGGAGGCAAAUGAUUUUUUUUUAAAAAGUCAUUUCAUAGAGCACCAUGAACAUGUUCAAAGUGCCAGUUCUCCCUUGCAAAAAGAUAGUUUCACCUGGUGCCAAGUGCAUAAACACAGCAAACAGAACCUUGGAUGACGAAUGCAACCUCGAUCUGACUCACCAAGGAAAAGGGUUACAGAGAUGCAUGUCAAAGUUCUGGACAUUUGUUAGACCCGUUUUGAAAGGGAAGUAUUCCGUUUUGUUUGUUUUUGUUUUUCAAGAAGUUUCGGUGAACCAGAAUGUUUAAUGGAAGGGGAGGACAACUUCCUUAGAUAGAUGUCUGAUCUCACACAUGAAGCAAUUGGAGGGUUUCUGUGAGAUAGUAAAACUAGUAGCUAAAAACAGAGUGAAAUUGUAAAUUUCCCCCCAAAAGCUAGAUUGUUGUGGAGUUUUUGUUUUGAGUUUUUUAAAGGCACUCUUUUCAGGUGCUCCUUUAAAUACUGGAAGAUUUUUUCAGAGGGUCAGAUAUUCUGUUGGUCCUCUAUAGCCAGUAUUCCUCCUGAAUGACAGACACAUCAACCUUCCACUACUGGUCUGGCCCUCUCCACCCUACUAGAGUGAGUUCUGAUACUACAUUAAACUUGCUGCCAGAAGACACUGGUAAGUCCCAAGAUCUUAACAAGAUUCAGAAGAGGGAUUAGAUAUGGGUAUGGAUAAUGUGAACAUCCACAAUUAUAUGAUUUAUUUAUGUAAGGGAUAUAAACCCUCAUGCUUAAGGGCAUAAACUAACUGAAAGGACAUAAACCUGGAGUUAGGAAGACGCUUUCCCUAUGGACAACUUAUUCCAUAACUGCCCAUUAAGAGGAUUUGUGCACUUUCCAUCUGGAAUAGGUGACUGUCGGAGACAGGACGUUGGAUGAGAUGGACCAUUGUUCUGAUCCACUGUGGCGAUUUUUAUGUUUCUAAAUAUGUCAAUAACUUAGCACUGAUUAUACAUUUACAAUGCACACUUUAAAGUAUAGUAAGUGUGUAUAGCUUUGCCAUUUGCUUAGAGUUAUAUAUACUUGCAAUAAUGUGUGUAGUAAAGAUGCAUAAUACCAAGCAAAUGGCAAAGACUAUCUACAUACCAAAGAGGAGUGACGUUCUUUAAAAAGGUGUGGUGUAGACACAAUGCCGACAGCACAGUGACCUUGGGCCAACCUAGCACGGAGCGCCCAGAUUCUGCCUGGCACGUUUCUGUAACUUCCCAUUCUGUUUGAUUGCAGAUCCAGCUGGUGAGCUUUAAAGAGGAUGAGGAUGGCAGCACUACCCCCCGAUCCUAAAAGUAUUUGGGAGAAGAGCCGCUGAGCACGAGAGGAUUUAUGUAUUACCAAAGUGUGCCAGGUGCUUUACAGAACACAGAAGGGACACAGGCCUUUGCUCCAUCCCUGCAUCCAGAGGCUGUAAUAUGGUCUUUUCAUCACCUGCUUCUUCAGCAAACUGUCUGGAUAACCAGUUGAAGAGAUGGCAGAGGCUGGCGGGGCCCAGCCAUGCUUUGAGGGGGUCUUCAGCAUUUUAUCUAGGAUCCCAAAAGAGAGACUCGUUAGCCUCAAACAUAAGCUGAAGCACAUGAGAUCCUGCACGAGCAGCUGCAAGCUAUUGCAAGCCAUGGUCCUGCUGACUUUGGGACGAGAGGUAGAUGCAAGGAUAUGCCUGGACGCUUUGGGUGAUGAUGAAGGAGCCCUCUGUAUCCGGAGGAGCAAGUGGGGUACUGCAGGCAGCGAGAACCCGCUGACUCCCCAGCAGGAGGCAGGUGCCCUUCUGGCUCUGGCACGGAUCUACUCGCUGCUGGUAGAGGAAAAUCUGUGCACUUCCUGGGCCAGGGACAAUGCCUACAAAGCUGCCCUUGCGGCCUUCAGAGCCAGCGAGGAUCCUAGGAGAGACAGACAGAGCAGCAUCUUGGCCGAGGCUCAGGAAAAGUGCGGGAUCGACUUCAGCCCCAGAGAGACGGGUAAUGAAUUUAAGACACUGAGGUCCGACCCUGGGCAUUUCCUGACUGCCAGCCUGGCUCCAGUGGUGAGGAGCCCCUCAGUACAGAUCAGGAGCAGAUCGGUUCCUUCGGGGCCUCAGACUUUGCGUUCCUCUGGCAGCCCGGCCUCCUUCAUCAGCCACUUUGAGAUCAGCCCGUCCCCUACAAUGGAGUUUCACACCUGCUCAACUCACCAUAACCACAUCCCGCAGCCCAGCAAGCUUUGUGGGGGUGCCAUGAGCUGCACCGUGCAGCCUGGCGGAGGGAGAGUCAGCCCCGGCCCACGGGACACCGGCCAGUUCAGCAGCUCCACUGCACCCCCUUUGCAAAGCCAAGUAAGAAGCCACCCAUCUGAGAAUCCCCUGGCUGGUAGCUUUGUUCCCCCAUCUCUUCCAGUUCCCGAAACCCCACUUCUGCAUCAGAGUGCUGUGCACUGUCCUGUGGAAUGCACUGACCCGCCCACCACGGUGACAGCAGAACUGCAGGAACUAGGAGAGCGCAUGGUCCAAAAGCCAGAACAAGAGUCACCGACCGAGCUCCCUCGCUUGUGUACCCCAGGGCCAGCCGCUGGUUCCAUCCGAGUGCCAGUAGAGGAUUCCUGUGUCCUAACAGAGAAAGCAGACACGGCAUCCUUCUCCUCUUCAGAGGGCUGCCCUCCUCCCCAGGCAGCAGCCGCCCCCACACCGGAGCUGGACUGUGGCGAGAAAAGGUUCUUCAGUUUCGUUGUCCUGCACGCCAGCGAAGAUGUGGCCAUUGCCUGCCGGGUUAAGGAGAUGCUGGAGAGCAUGGGGGUGCCCGACGGUGCCACAUUCUGCGAGGAGUUCCUCAUCCCUGGCCAAUCCCAGCUGACUUGCUUCCAGGAUGCCAUAGACAACUCUGCCUUCACCCUCCUGCUGCUGACCCAGAACUUCCAGUCCCGCUUCUGCGUGCACCAGAUGAACACGGCCCUGAUGGAUUCCCUCCAGCGGCGGCCCAAGUACAACUCCGUCAUCCCUUUCGUGCCCAAGGAGAACUCCUCGAAGAAGUGCCCGAUCCCCAGCAUGCUGGUGGGGGUGGUGCCUCUGGACGAGAGCUCCCCUGUGUUCUCCAGGACGGUGAAGAACACCUUCCGCCUCAGGAGAAUCAGUGAGCAGAAGGCAAUGUGGAGCCAGUUACAGCACAUCCAGGAGCACCACAGGAAACAGCAGCAGCAUCAGGAACACCUCCAGAUGCUGCAACAGAGCUUAGCUGGUCUGAACUGGGGGUCCCAGCCUGGCUAUCCACCCCAAAUGCCUUUGCCAGGACUGUUGCCAUAUCCUGCAGGAAUUCAGCAACUUCUGCAGCUUGUGGCUAGUCUCCAACUCCAGACACCCUCUCUUCCAACGUUUGCCCCCCCUGCCAUGUACCAGCCUCACCCAGCUAGUCAGUUCAUGCCCACCCAGUCGGCUCCCUCCCCUUCCCAGCACUUCAUCCUCCCACCAAGCCACCAAAACAUGAUGCAGGGGCCAGGAGGCCCCCAGCCCCUCAUCAUUCAGAAUGCUCAAAUGGUGCAGAUUGGGGACCACAAUCAGAUGCAGGUGGAGAGGACCAGGCUGGAGGCUGAGAGCUCCGAUGAAGAGACCAGCGAGGGUCACUGAUUGGAGGGGAUGGAACUCAACACGGUCUGGAGAAAGUAGCACUUAGUUUCACAGCUAAAUUGCAAGCUGUCUAGGGCAGGGGCUGUGGUCUUUGUUACUUGCCUGCCCAGUGAGGACAGGUCCCCCUCCUCGCCUCCGGUGGAGCACGGAGAGCGUGGAAGGAAGUGACCGUCCGUCUCUUCUGCUGGAGGAAAGAGAAUGAGAAUGAGGAAAAGAAAGACUCAAAUUCCUGGGAAAAUAUUUCCCACAACUCUUGAGGGACUCAAAGGUUUUUGAAAUAAAUUUUAGUUAAUUUA